UAACUGACCCCUAAGGCCCUAAAGGGGUAAAUUUAAACUCCAUGAUAAAAUAAAUGUAAUAAUCGUACUACAUUUCUUCGAUCUAAUGGUAGAGUGAGUGGGUUUAUUUAUAUUUAUUAUACUACUAUAAGGUUUUCAUUGCGAAUAUGCCAUGAAAAACGUGAUGACAGCCUCAUCAACGCGGAGUAAGCGGAGAGAUCUGAAACUUAAUGGCAUAUGUUUGCGUUGACCAGUGAAAUACCACAAAGAACUUUAUCAUUGGCAAUUCACAAAGAAAGAGCAUUGCUUGCACCAAACAAAAACAAAAACAAAAACAAAAACAAAAACAAAAACAGAGAGAGAUAGUGUACUGGUAAAUUGUAAUGGCAGAAGGAGUUAUUUCCAACUUAGUAGCAAAGGCUUUGGAACUCUUGGCAGCAUCAGCCUUUAAAGAGGCUUCAUCCUGGUGGGGUGCAAGAGAUGAUCUGAAGAAGCUUGGGAAGAGCAUGGAGAUGAUCCAAGCUCGAGUUCGUGAUGCCGAAAAGUAUCAAGAAGAGGAGGGUAGCCAUGCUGUCAAACUGUGGCUUCGCAGGCUGAAGCUGGUGCUUUACCAAGCUGAUGACUUAUUUGAUCACAUCCUCACUGUUGAUAGACAGAAACAGCGCAGAAAACAAAAUCACGAGGUACACUUUUCCUUAAGGUCUAGCUCUCCUGUUUUAAACUGGAAAAUAGCUGGAGAAAUCAAGUCUAUCAGAGAACAACUAGAUGAUAUCAAAUCUGAUAUUGCUGGUUUAAACUUGCCGUCUUAUCAGCAUAGAGUAGGACCAUCACCUCAAAUGGCUCUUUUACUGAAUAACAGAGCAACAACACCGUUUGUGGAAGCGGAGGAUGUCAUCGGAAGGGAAUGUGAUAAAGACAAGAUAGUUGAGAUGCUUUUUGAUCCUAAAUAUGAUGCGGAGAAGGUUACCAUCAUCCCAAUCGUGGGGUUCGGGGGUCUAGGGAAAACGACUCUAGCUCAAUUUGCUUUAAGUGAUCAGAGGGUCCAAAACCAUUUUUUUCCUUUGAAGUGGGCUUAUGUACCUGAGAAAAAUGAUCGCAAUGCUGUAAUGGGAAAAAUAUUCAACUCUUUCACUGGUAGGAAGUAUCAUAAUCUUCAAAUGAAGGACCUUGAAGAUGGCAUUAGAGAGUCGAUAAAAGGCAACAGGUAUCUGCUUGUCCUAGAUGACAUAUGGGAUGAGAGUGGUGAUAGAUUGAUUGAUCUUGGAAACUUGUUCAAAUGUGGUGAACCAGGAAGUAAAGUAAUUGUAACUACACGCUCUGAUGUUGUUGCAAAAAGUCUUGGCACCAUUAAACAACCCUACAGAUUGGGAACUCUAACUGAUGAUCAGUCGUGGAAUCUUUUCGAAAGAUUGGCACUUAAACCACGACAAGAAGGGAGCAGUCUCAGUUCUUUGAGUGAGAUCGGGAAAGAUAUUGUGAAAAUGUGUGGAAACGUGCCACUUGCUAUCAAAGUUGUUGGAGGUUCCCUUUGUUCAAGAGACACUCCGGAAGAGUGGUUGUAUGUCAGAGAUGCUCACCGCUCAAAGGCACAACAUACAAUAGGUAGCGACAUCAUGCCUAUUCUAAAGUUAAGUUAUGGUGACCUACCACCAGCAUUGAAACAGUGCUUUGCCUACUGUUCGUUGUUCAAAAAAGGCUAUAAGUUUAGCAAAACAGAAUUGGUUCAUCUAUGGAUGGCUCAAGGAUAUUUUGAAGCAUCAAGCAAAGAUAUCGGAGACCGCUACUUUUUGGAAUUGCUACGGAGGAAUCUAUUUCAAGAUCCUAAAGAAGAUCUUGAAGCGAACAUUACAAGCUGUAUAAUGCACGACUUAGUGCAUGACUUGGCACAAAAUGUAGCUGGUCACGAGAGCAUCGUAGCGGGUGAGUCGUCUUCAUCCCAAGUCACAGAUGGACUCAUACAUGUAAAUCUUGGUAGAUUUAAAGCUCCACCUUUGUUAUUUGAGGCUAGAAUGUUACGCUCAUUGUUUUCUAGAAACGUUGAAUGUGACAGAUUGAUAUCCAACUUCAAAUCCUUACGGGUCUUGAGCUUGAAAGAUGCUUGGCUAGAUAGGCUCCCAGAUUCUAUAGGGAGGUUGGUAUAUCUGAGAUACCUUAAUCUUAAUGACAAUUUCAUUAAAUAUCUUCCCCAAGCAAUAACAAGAUUAGAGAACUUGCAAACACUUAACCUUCAAAAUUGUUUGCGACUGAAGGAACUGCCAAGAGAUUUUACUAAAUUGCCCAACCUGAGGCACUUGGCUAUUGGUGGGAGCGGUUUGACUACGAUGCCACCAGGAUUUGGUACAAUGACAAAUCUGCAAGAGUUAGAUGUAUUUGUAGUUGAGGAAAACUUUGGUAUAGACUCAAUGCCAGCCUUGAAUCUUAUGGGGAACCUCCAUAUAAAAUUCUGCAAGCGGCGCAACGAUGCUGUUUUGGAAGCGCAGAGGGCAAAUUUGAAAGGCAGUCAGCGAUUAAGUAAUCUCACUUUAGAUUAUCGGGAGUUAGAGAGAGAAAAAGCUACUCCCUCUUUUAGUGGAAUGAAUGAAAUGUUAAUGUACUUGCAGCUACCUCCAAAUCUUAUAUAUCUUCGAGUUGGUAACUACAGUGGAGAUAAAAUGCAAUGCAGGUGGCUAGAUGUGUUGUCUAAGCUAGCUUCCAUUAUAAUUUCAGAGUGUAAUACUUGCAAAACUCUUCCUCACUUGAGUCAGCUGCCUCAUCUAAAAAAUCUUUAUCUUGAAAGGCUUGAUGCGUUGGAGUAUGUAGAAGAUGAGGACGACAUAUGGGUUGGUGAAGAUUGUGGUUAUGAAGCCCAUUAUUUUCCAGCUUUAGAGAACUUAGAGUUGGAUGGAUUACCACAACUAAAAAGGUGGACAAGACCAUCAAAAAGUGGUGGUGAACAGCGACGACAGUUAUUUCCUCGUCUUUUCCAAAUGGAAGUAUGCAAUUGCAAAGAGUUGGUGUCAUUCCCUCUAGCACCAAAGCUGGAGUCAUUGAAGGUUUCUAGGGGGAAUGCAAAACUGUUUGAAUCUAAUCUGGUGUUACACGAUGAUAUUCCAUGUAAGUGGUUAGUUGGGCUAUCCAAGAUAGUUUCUAUUAGUAUUUCAGGUUGCAAUAACUGCACAGUUCUCCCUCACAUGAGUCACCUGCCUCUUCUUAAAAAAGUUUAUCUUGAAAGACUUGAUGGCUUGGAGUAUGUAGAAGAUGAGGAUGACAUCUUGGGUGAUGGAGAUUGUGGUUACACAUCCCAUUAUUUCCCAGCCUUAGAGAAGUUAAAUUUAAUUAGUUUACCAGAACUAAAAAAGUGGAGAAGACCGUCAAAAAAUGGUGGUGAGAAGCGGCAACAGCGACAAUUGUUGUUUCCUCAUCUUUUGCAUAUGGAAGUAAAGCAUUGCAAAGAGUUGGUGCUGAUGCCUCUUGCACCAAAGCUGGAGUCAUUGGAGGUUUUUAGGAGCAAUGAAAAGCUAUUUGAAUCCAAUCUGGCGUCACCAAAUAAAGAAGCAUCAUCAUCUCUUUUCACGUCAUUAAAGCACCUGCGUAUUGAUGGAACUAAGGAUUCUUUGUCAAUUAGUAGUAGAUUGUGUAAACUAGAAUCAGUACAUAUAACAAAUGGUAUGGAAUUGAGGAGUUUGAUGAUUGAAUCUCCAAGUUCCAUACGGGAUCUUCAACUAGCUUGGGUUAAUAGUGGCAUUUGUAACAUACUAGAAGAAGAUUUUCCUUUCAUUGAGACACUGGAGAUCAGGGGAAGUAGUGAAGAAUUAGAAGAGGGGAACACUAGCACGUAUUGGCAAGGCUUGAAAAGCCUCCGUAGCUUGCAAUUACAUUACAUGAACAACCUGAAGAAGCUCCCUCCAGGCAUUGCUUGCCUAACCAACCUUCAGGACCUUUAUAUUGGAUAUAUGAAAAACUUGAUAGCUCUCCCAGAUGAAAUCGGUAACCUCUCCCUGCUUCAGAAACUUACAAUUGCUCGUGUGGAGAAGUUGAUAGCACUCCCGGAAGAAAUCGGCAACCUCUCUCUGCUUUCACGCCUUGAGAUUUUUCGUUGUCGAGAAUUGCGGAUACUUCCACUAUCAUUACAAGGCCUCACCUCUUUACAGGAACUUCUUAUUUAUGGCUGUCCACAUCUGGAAGAAAGAUAUAGCGUCAAAUUCAAUGGCCGAGAUCGUCACCUCCUUCAACAUAUUCCCGAUCUUCAGAUUCGCUCACUGUUCUCGGGAACUCAAUCUGAAUGUGAUGAUCAAAGGUAGCUCGGUCUUGCCUGAAAAAUGCCCGAGCUCGGAAAGAUUUUUUGGCUCGGGCCUGUUAUUUGAUCAACUCUCUAGUUCAUCAGCCCACCGUAAUCAGACAUACAUGGCUUCAACCGCAAGGAAGAAGGAGGUCCCUUCAAAAUAAGCAUGAAGACAACUUCAAUGGUGAGCAACCACACCUUGUAGCUUGACUUGCCAUGUCAAUUUUUCAAACAUGCCUACCAAGAGUUGGCAAGCCUCCGUACGUUGCAACUGUUGGAAAUCCCCAAGCUUACGAAGAUUCCUCGACGAAUUGCUUGCUUAACCACACUUCAUCGUCUAUCGAUUACAGAUCUUAAGAACCUAACAGUGCUCCUAGAAGAACUUGGCAACCUUUCCCAACUUCGAGAGAUUUUUAUUACUAGGUGUCCAAAAUUGAAAUCACUUCCACCAUCAUUCUGGGGCCUUACCUCUUUGCAGAAAAUUCAUAUUGUAGGGUGUUUGGAUAUGGCAAAAAAAUAUAAGCCGGGUGGCGAAGAUUACCACCUUAUUCAACAUAUCGCCCCAUGUUGAUAUAGAAGGCUAAGAAGACUGACGAAAAAGACGAAUUAUAUCAGAUGUCUCAAGCAAAUAACACAGAAAUCAGAAAGGUUUUUCUACCUUCUUUAAGGGAAUGUUCAAUAUUAGAUGUUUCACAGUUCUGUUGUCAAUUGGAAGAAAACAAGCAGUCAAGAAAGGAGGAAAUAAGUCUACUUGGACGCUUCACGUUACCUCAUAUACCGUGUUAGAUCCUCAAAACUCUGAUAUGGGUAGGGAAAUUUCAACACUUCAUUAUGGGCCAAAAUCAUGCAAAAUUUCUUCAUAAAAUAAGUGACUCGAAUACUUACAUUACAUGUACUUGCGUGACAUGAGUACCUAAGUCCUAGUAACAUAGGACGAAACCAUAGACUUGAGAGCAAAGGAGGUUUUCUUGGAGAGUGUAAGAAUUAGGCAGUCCCUAAUACUGAUAUGUAGUAUUGGGAAUUUCCUUUUUUUUAAAAAAAGAUUGUAAAUACUAAGAAUUAGGCUUCCCUAAUACUGAUAUGUAAUAUCGGGGAUUUCCUAUAAUUUCCUGAAUUUGUCGGUUUGAUGGGCUAACUUAGGCUCCACUUUGUAAACUACUAAUCUUUGCAAAAUUUUAUCAGCUUGGCCUAAGCAUAUGAUUAAUGGAGCAUUCCUCGAAAGUGGGGAAAACACACACAAUGAUGCUAGCUUCUGUAAUGUUUUGUAUAUCAUAUUUCUGUGCAGUUUUUAAUUAGCAUUAGGCUCGUUGAUCCCCCUUUGCUUUGAAGUGCUCUCCAAGCCCCCAAAAAAAUCAUGAUCUCUUGGUAAUUACAAUACCUCUGUUCAAAUUAUACUUAAACCUUGCAGUAGAGAGUUUUUUAUCACAAAUAUUAUUUUGACAAUUUUACAAAAUUACUGGAAGAUAAAGCUAUUUCCACUAGGUAAGCUAAGGAAUGUACAAAGUGCUAAACCAAGCAAGUUGUAAUUUUUUGGACAAAUUUUCGAGUUCAGAUGGGAGGAAGUAUUACUUAAUCUAUAUGUACAAAACCAACAACGAAAGCAGGAAGGGGAAUAUAAUAAAUACUCGGUUUUAAACUUUAAAGCCCGUGAAAUUACAAAUUUACCUUGUGUUUGGUAAUAGAUUUUCACGUGUUGGUAACGGAAAUGAGAAACCAUUUCCGCUACAUGUUUAGUAUGACGAUUAGGAUUAUGAUUUUCACAUCUUAAACUUAGCUAUAUCCACCCUAUUAUUACUCUCCCCAACCUUAUAUAUACCCGACAAGGAAUUUCGCUACCUUAGGACCGUUAUAGUUACGGCUGCCGUUCACCCGAGCUUCUGUAGCCGCGUCCCAUGUCAUCAGGUCACCAACUUCCUUGACCUUCAGGCACUGGGCAGGUGUCAACCUCCAUACAUGGUAUUAGGGUACACUUGUCAACCCCAAACCCUCAAUAAAAGCAACAAUUAUAUUUCCUUCUCAUAGGGGACCAAUUGACCAAACACCGAAUAAAUGCAACAAUUAUAGUUACAAUUACUUCUCUCUAUUUAGUUCCAUUCCCUUUUCAUAUGUUGAACCAAACACACAUUAAGAAUCGACACAUAAUGAGAAACCCCUUCCUAAUUUUAUUAUCAUUCCUCCACUCAUAAUAUAAGGAGCGGAAAUAGGUACCGUAGUAUAAAAAUAUGGGGGAAAGUAAGAGUCUGUUUCUACCAUUAUUCAAUUCAAGAUUCCAUACGCGUUGCUAGUUUUAAAAAAUCAAUCAAUCACGGUAUAUAUAUUUUUUUAUUAUCAGCCUGCUCCUACCAAUCAACAACAAGAAUGAUUUAUGAGAAAGAGAUAUAGGGAAAUCUUUUAUAGUAGUUCAUUAAGCAGCAAGUGCUUGUUGUUUUAUAUAUAUACUAUAUAACUAUAUAACUGUGUCUGUGUGGGAAGAAAUAAGAAUACAUGUUCAGGCACCAAGUCAACAAGAGAAACUCACAAACACAAACAAAAAGGCAAGAUAACUCAAGAGUUGUAGAGAUCCAUGAAUUACCUGAGCUUUGUGAUAUAUCUUGUUUUAACAUGGGUUACAAUCCACCUCCUACUCUCAACUGUGAAGAAACUCUCAAAACCAAGAAAUUUUCCACCAGGUCCUUAUCCAUUGCCCAUCUUUGGGAACCUCUUCUGCCUCGGCAACAAACCGCAUAUCUCCUUGACUGAACUUGCCAAAAGAUAUGGCCCUUUGAUGAUGCUGCAGCUCGGCCAAGUGCCAACAGUUGUCAUUUCUUCAGCAGCCGUGGCUAAAGAAGCCCAUCAGAAGAAUGAUCAGUCCUUAGCCAAUCGCUAUGUUGUUGAUGCUAUCCGUGCACUCAACCACCAUCAAUAUUCCAUUGGUUGGUUGCCGGCUACAUCAUCUGAAUGGCGGAAUCUUCGCAAAGUAUGCAAUUCGUUAGUUUUCUCUCCCAGCAAACUGGAUGAAACCCAAAGCCUCCGAAGAGAUAAGAUUAAUGAUCUCCUUACAUUUGUUGAGAGGAGCAGCAGCAAAGGUGGUAAAGCAGUGGAUAUUGGCCAAGUCGCGUUCACCACUUCCCUCAAUUUGUUAUCAAGUGCUUUUUUUUCAAUGGAUUUGGGUGACCCGAGUUCUGAAUAUGCUUGUCAACUACGAGAGACAAUAAGAAGUUUGUUGGAAGAAGUUGGUAAACCCAAUUUUGCAGAUCAUUUUCCCAUCUUGCAGAAGAUUGACCCACAAGGCAUCAGGCGGCGAGCCACUGUUCUCUCCAAGAAGGUGAUGGACCUUCUCAAGGUUAUAAUUGAUCAACGAUUGCAGGGAAAGAGGCCGUAAUCUUCAAUACAAGGCUAUGAUGUUCUAGAUGCAUUGCUGGGGAUAAGUCAUCAUGACAAAAAUCAGGAACUUAUGGAACCUUCAAAAAUCCCUCAUCUACUACUGGAUCUAAUUAAUGCAGGUACAGACACAACAUCAACUACCAUUGAAUGGGCAAUGACAGAACUUCUAAAGAAUCCAAAAAAGCUGAAAAAGGCACAAGCAGAGCUCGAAGAAAUCAUUGGAAAAGGAAAUCCAGUAGAAGAACCUGACUUAUGCCGACUUCCAUACUUGCAGGCAACUGUCAAGGAAACCUUAAGACUACAUCCGCCAGCACCUCUUCUGCUGCCCAGAAAAGCUGAUACUGAUGUGCAGCUCUGUGGCUUUACUGUACCCAAAAACACACGAGUUUUAAUCAAUGUAUGGGCGAUUGGAAGAGAUCAAAACUUGUGGGACAAUCCUGAAUGUUUUGAGCCAGAGAGAUUUCUGAAAAUGGAAAUUGAUGUCAGAGGCCACAAUUUUGAACUGAUUCCAUUUGGUGCUGGCCGUAGGAUCUGCCCUGGACUGCCAUUGGCAAUUCAAAUAAUCCCUUUCGUGCUGGGAUCACUAAUUCAUGGAUUUGAUUGGGAGCUAGAAGCUGGGGUUUCACCAGAGAAUAUAGAUAUGGAGGAAAACUUUGGAAUCAGCUUGGAGAAAGCUCAGCGACUUCGUGCAAUUCCGCUUCACAAGAAAUUCAUCUAAAUUGUACACUAAGGCUGUGAAUAUCAGCUUUCUGUAUUGCUGUGCUUCGUAAACUUGCAUGGUACCCUUAUCCUAACCCUGUAGACAGUAGUAUGUGCUAGGCCUGAACGCUUUCAAUCUAUUUACUGCUGCC